AUUCGGCCAGUCUCGGAGAACUUAUUUUUAGGUUUAGAAACGCUGCACCGGUAUAAAUUUCACAUCACAUGAAUCCGUGAAUGUCUUCUUUCUCUGUUAGAAAGAAAAAGAAGAAAGAUGAAUGAUAUGGGCUCAAGAACUUGGAUAUGGAAAAACAUACCGAACUUAACCGGCCGGCACAAUGAUGUAAUUUAUACCCAACCCAGGUCACAACCAACACACGAUUUUCUUAUAUUUUUUGGCGGCGAUGUCCAAGAUAUUUCAGAAAAUAUGGAAAAGCAUGCAGACAGCAAGAAAUACAUGAAAUGGAAUUUAGAGAACACUGCAACUAUGCUCUCUGAACAGUUUCCUAAAAGUCAUAUCUUUGUCAUUCGUCCAUCCAGGAUGAUGAUAACUAAACACGCAGUAUUCAGUUGUUUCGAUAAUUUCGUACCCGGAGAUAAAUAUGGCACACCAUCAUUUUGCCCAAUGUACAUGGCUUUGAAACAUUUAAGAAAUCUCCUUCUAUGUUGUCUCGAACAUAUUAAAACAUUAAAGAUAGUAGAAGAUACUAACAGUUAUAAUAUUGAAGCGACAAACUUAAGUCUAAUGGGUUUUAGUAAAGGAUGCGCAGUUCUGAAUCAAUUUCUUUACGAGUUUCAUUAUUACAAUGAUAAUUCGGAUAAAGAUACUGAUAUAAAUAAUUUUAUCAAACUUAUCAAAGAUAUGUGGUGGCUGGAUGGUGGACACAAUGGUUCCAAAAAUACAUGGAUUACAGAUCAAGAUAUACUUCGUUCGUUCGCUAAAUUAAAAAUAAAUACUCAUAUACACGUCACGCCGUAUCAAAUGCAAGACCAUCACCGGCCAUGGAUUCGCAUAGAAGAAAACAGUUUCAAUGAAACCUUGCGAAAAAUGGGAGUAUCUGUAGAACGAACCUUACAUUUCGGUAACAAAACGCGAAGUCUCUCCUCACAUUUCAAUGUCCUUACGGAUAUAAAUAACGUACAGUAAAAUUAUUAUAUUCUGUUUCUUGAGAUUCAUUGUAUAAAUGAACAUGCAUAAAAUUGAACAUGUUUAUGAAUCGUAGCAAUAGAUCGCAAUUUCUUCACUUUAGAAUCAAAGUAUAAAGCAAAAUAUAAAGCAGUAUAAAAAUUAUGCUCUUGAUAAUUGUUGAUAAUUGACAUUUCUAUAUUGCAAAAAUAUAAUUUGUAAGAAAAGCUUAAAGAAUCUAUUUUAUGAAAUAUUCUUGUAAUGUACAUAUUGAUUAUCAUUUAUCUAAAUGAUAAUCUCAUAAUAUUCUUAAUCUAGUCAUAAGUAAUAUAUCUGUUGAGUAUAAAUAGCAUAACAUUUAUAUACAAUAUUAUUAUAUUUACUAAUAUUGUAUUAAUA